UCUAAAAGAAAAACAGAACCCGCUCAAAACCCGUCUAAUGGAAAUUGAGAGAUACAAGAAUCGAAGCCGAGCUGUCUGCAUCCGUGGAAGGUCCAAGUGGUCCCAUCACAAAACGUAUCUGCAACUCGAUGGGUCUUGGCCUGAUGGAGUGGACUUCCCUGGAAUUGGCCUACAGCUUGGCCCGCUUUCAAGUCGCUCCGAAAAGGAGAUCAAAGGGAAAAUCAAUGGACUUACUCCUUGGAUAAGUUGGAGUUAAGCUUAAGAAUCACACUUAAAGUGGAAGAACUAAGACUUUAAUAUAACAAAAGAUAUACUAUCUGGCUUAUGGGUUCUACAAUUUAUAAGCUAAUGCCACGCUUUAUUUCGUUAAAAAUGUGAAGCAAACUGAUUUAAUAAUGAAAAUGUCAAAGCUUUACAUUUGUAGUUAGUCACAGUCGUAUUUGUUAAGAUAAAUCGCGAAUUCUGUAUUCUUAUUCAAGGAGUCUUCGCAGACUAUGGAUUGGACACUGGCACUAUUGCUCUACUUUUUUGCAAGCGUCAAGGCUAAUGGUAGACAAAUACAAGUGAACACCUCGACAUCGGGUAUGACGGAUGCCGAGGGUGGUACUCUAGUACCGGGACCAGGAUUCUUUCAAGAAACCCGAAUCGGCAAUGUCCCAUAUAAACCAGGUCCUCCCUUGAAGGGUCUUGGUAAUGGCAUUGUGGUCAUAAGCGAGAGCAAGCAAAGUAAAAAUGGUGAACUGAAUAUUGUUAACUCGAAAGUCCAAACGGUUACGGAAAAACCUAUAGGAAGACAACCUCGAAGAAUGUGGAACCAAGACAACGUAUACCCACCCAGAGAAUUUCGACCAAGACAUCGAUUUGAGGAGGACAGAGAUCAGGAAAUUGCAGGUCCUCCUCCAGCAUUUGGUUGGCCUAUACAAAAUAUUGGCCAUUUAUUCAUUAGGGAAAAUUUGGAACCAAAGAUUGAUUUAGGGCCAUUGCUGAGGAGCAUAAAUGAAGCAAAAAACUUUGGGAAAUAUGAUGAUGCCUACUCUUCCUAUUAGAAAACUAAUGAUCAGGCAAUCAAGCAAUAAGACUUCCUGCAAAUGUCUUAGUUAUAUUCAAGUUCUCUAGACUAAAUGUGACUAAAAUGUGUUAUUAAUAAAUAGGUAAAAAAUGUUCCUACCAAAAACUGUUAUCAAACUUCUUUUAACUCAGCUAACUAACAAUUUCAUGGGGUUAACGAGGCAUUAAUGUGAAGAUUUUUAACUCU